AAAGUAAGCGGAUGGCUGUCCUCUGUGGUAGAAAGACAGAACAGGAAAUAUUGCACAUUUUCAAGUAGAUUGUAACGCAUUCGAUUUUUUUCUUCCGCAGACCAAGGUGUGAUUUAUUGGUCAUCCUACAGUCAGAGUAGAAAAAUAUACCCCCAUAACAAAUAUACUUAUAAUCAAGAUUUGUUCUAUCUGUGCCCAUAAAAUUUUCGCAUAAUUUCUACAAAUUCAUAAACGUUCACAUCUUGAAUGUAUCGGAACAGUUUACCUCUUAUGUGAUUGGGUAGUUGUUUCUGUAACAAGAACCACGUGGUUUCGGUGUAGACUUCUGUCAUGGCGGGAUACAUGAAAUGGAAAAAUGGACCCCUCUCCAAAAUAGUUUUGCUAAUUGUGCUUUUGUGUAUAUUAGGUUCACACCAAACCUCAGGAAGUAAUAUCAACAUAAUCAAUAUCAAAGAUGGCCAGGAGUCUGAAAGAACAGGAUCGAGUCACUUCUGCUAUCUCAACCCAAUUGUUCCAGGUUGGAAGGAAACAUGGACAAGAAUCCAGAUUCGAGUAUGGAGCUCGAAACAGCUGAAGGUGACUGUUGUGGAGGAUGAGGAGAAGCUGCAGGAACUAGAACACUUCAGUGUCUGGGGUCUUGUGCAGUACCUAAUGCUUGAGCAGACCAAUGAAACCACCAUCAGCAUCAGCCUGUUCAGCCCAAAGACCUGCUUCAAGAUCGACCCCAUCAACCUUGGAGCACAAUACACUGUAAUGCCCAUACGAAAAUUUGACAUUUACAUGUUUGUGACAUUCCUGGCUGGAGUGCUGUUAUUCAUCUUUGCAGACUCACUCAGCAGGAGUCAGGUAUUCUAUUACUCUGCUGGCAUGAGCACAGGUAUGAUUGCCUCCCUUAUCAUCCUCAUCUUCAUCAUGGCACGCUUUCUGCCCAAGAAAAGCCCAUUUUACAUGGUAAUAGUUGGCGGCUGGUCCUUUUCCAUUUACAUCAUCCAGCUUGUGUUCAGGAACCUGCAGAUGAUUCUGAGAGAGCACUGGCACGUGGCUUUUGGCUAUGCUGCAGUGGUUGGGUUUAUCAGUUUUGCCGUGUGCUAUCGUCAUGGCCCUCUUGUGGAGGAAAGGAGUAUACAUAUCCUGUCCUGGACACUGCAGUUGUUUGGCCUGCUACUGAUCUACAGUGGGAUCCAGGUUCAGCAAGUGGCGUUGGCCAUCAUCGUGGCUGCCUUCUGCUCUAAGAACCUGGAGUAUUCCAUUUCAUUGAUCCUUCUGGCUUGGCGCAAAGUCACGCCAACUCUGCGCUGGAAGCCAGAGCCUCGUCGGCUGCUGACUGAAGAGGAGUUCCAGAAACAGGGUGAGGUGGAGACGCAGCAUGCCCUGGAGGAGCUGAGGAAGUACUGCAGCAGUCCAGACUUCAGCAAAUGGAAGACCGUCUCUCGACUUGCGUCCCCAAAAAGGUUUGCCGAUUUUGUGGAGGGAUCACCUCACCUGAUAUCGAAUGAGGUUUCUGUGCACGCGCAGGAAUAUGGAUCGUUCUUUGAGGAUGAUUUCUUUGACACGGAUGAGGAAGAUGAUGAUGAUGAUGAGGAGAAUAUGAUGAAUGCUUUGAAAAAAGAAGACCUUGGAUGGAAAGACAGAGACUUGUGAAGGUGAAUAGAUGUGGUUAUUUUCCUGUAGCAAGGUUAAUGGAGCAUAGUGCUGACUGGCUUUCAACCCCUACAGCUCUCCUCCAACCAUAAGACAGGUGCUCAUGAAUCGCCAUGGAGAUGGUGGAAUCUGGCCAUUGCUAGGCCUGUGAGCUAAUGUCUGGCAUCCAGGUUGCGGCAUACAUUAUAUUGUACACUGAGUGUACAAAACAUUAGUAACACCUUCUUAAUAUUGAGUUGCUCCCCCUUUUGCCCACAGAACAGCCUCAGUUUGCAUGGACUCUACAAGGUGUUGAAAGCGUUCCACAAUGGUGCUGGUCCAUAUUGACUAAAAUGCUUCCCACAGUUGUGUCAAGUGGGCUGGAUGUCCUUUGGGUGGUCGACCAUUCUUGAUACACACGGAAAACUGUUCAGCUUUAAAAAAAACAGCAGCGUUGCAGUUCUUGACACACUCAAAUCGGUGUGCCUAGCACCUACUACCAUACCCCAUUCCAAGGAACUUACAUUUUUGUCUUGCCCAUUCACCCUCUGAAUGGCACACAUACACACACAAUUCAUGUUUCAAUUGUCUCAAGGCUUUAACAAAAAAAGGUCACCUGUUUUCUCCCCUUCAUCUACACUGAUUGAAGUGGAUUUAACAAGUGACAUCAAGAAGGGGUCAUAGCUUUCUCCUGGUCAGUCAGUCAUGGAAAGAGCAGGUGUUCCUGAUGUUUUGUAUACUCAGUGUAGAUUGCUUAUGGCAACCACCUGUUUCGGUUAUCGACACAGCCAGAUUCUGAUUUGAGAAAUGAGACUAGUGUUUCUCAAAUUAGGACUGAGUCCUGUGUUUGAAUUAAUCUGAGAAACCCAUUGGUCAGUAAGUAAAGGUUUAUGACCACUAAGAAUGGGGUAUUUUAUUUUCUUGGAGGAAUGUCACAACUUUUUCUUGGUCUUAACUGCAAGGUCAUUUUUUGACAUUUGUUAUCUUUGGUAUUAUUGUUGAUUUUACGUAACACAUUUUUGUGUCAUCAAACACGUGUCGACGUAAACGGGAAGAAAUUCAUAGCUGACAAGUAAAAAAACACAAGGCAAACUGACAUCUGCUAGGGAAGAAAUUCAUAUUUUGGUAUUUAAAGCAUGAUGUUUAUAGCCAUUGAGCCUGAAUUUAUAUCAUUUUUAAAAUGUACGGGAAUAAAAACAGUAAUGUGUAAGUGUACCAUUGCAAGUAUUAUAAUCUUUCUUUGACGUUGUGUGACACGUCUACAUUGUUAUGUUCUUAGUGAGUUUCAUGUUUUGUUUGGACUGAGAUUUAUAGGUUUCAUAUCCAUCUAAUAUAUUUAUAAAUCCCUUUUUACAUCAGCAGUUGUCACAAAGUGCUUCUACAGAAACCCAGCCUAAAACCCCAAAGAGCAAGCAAUGUAGAAGCACAAUGGUUAGGAAAACUCCCUAGAAAGGUUGGAACCUAGGAAGAAACCUAGAGGAACCAGGCUCUGAGGCGUGGCCAGUCCUCUUCUGGCUGUGCCAGAUGGAAAUUAUUUAGAGUACAUGGCCAUUAAAGCCGGAUUGUUCUUCAAGAUGUUCAAAAGUUUGUAGAUCACCAGCAGAAUCAAAUAAUCACAGUGAUUUAUAGAGCACGUGUCAAAUUCAUUCCAUGGAGGGCUGAGUGUCUGCAGGUUUUUUCUGCUCCCUUGUAAUUGAUUGAUAAAUUAAGGUCACUGAUUAGUAAGGAACUCCCCUCACCUGGUUGUCUAGGUCUUAAUUGAAAGGGAAAAAACAAAAACCAGCAGACACUUGGCCCUCCAUGGAAUGAUUGUGACACCCAUGUUACUUCUGAGGUGUUGACCUUUUGCACCAUCUGUAUAUGUCAGUUGGCUUUUCAAAUCUGAGCAUUUAGAGGUCGAGACAGCAGGUGCGGUAGAGAGAGAGUCGAAACAGCAAGUCCUGAACAAGGUAGCACGUCCGGUGAACAGGUCCAGGUUCCAUAACCGCAGGCAGAAUAGCAGAACCUGGAUGAGCAGCACGACCAGGUGGAUUGGGGGCGGGGACUGCCAGGGGUCAUCAGGCCAGUUAGUCCUGAGGCAUUGUCCUAGGACUCAGUUCAUCCGGGAGGGAAGAGAGAAUUAGAGCAUACUUAAAAUCACACAUGACACCAGAUAAGACUGGAGAAUUACACCAGAUAGGACAGACUGGCCCUAUUCUGCCAGCAUAAAUACUGGAGACGGGGUUCGGGGACACUGGCCCUUCCAAAGUUAUCCUCGGACAGCAUAUCACAAGCAUUGCCUUAAAAAUGGAUAAUACUUUUAUACUGUGAGAUAUUGUACUUUUGUAUUCUGGCCUCUGUUCUGUGUGGUAGAAUUGGCUAUGCAUAAGCCUUUACAGAUUUGGUGGCCAGGUAGUUGUGUACUGUUCAUUGUAAAGAAUCAUGUGGAUGUCAAAUGAA